CGGGUUCUAGCGGCGCGGCCUGACGAGACUCGGCGGCGGGAGUCUGCGGGUUUUUUUUCCCUCUCAGCGGUGGCCUGGGAGGCACGCACGCGGUGUAGCGCAAGAUGGCGGAUGCAGAAGUGACUGUUUUGCCAAAGAAGCAUAAGAAGAAAAAGGACCGGAAGCCAUUACAAGAAGAUGAUGUAGCUGAAAUACAAUAUGCUGAAGAAUUUCUUAUCAAACCAGAGUCCAAAGUGGCUCAGUUGGACACUUCUCAGUGGCCCUUGUUGUUAAAGAAUUUUGAUAAGCUGAAUGUAAGGACAACACACUAUACACCUCUUCCUUGUGGUUCAAAUCCUCUGAAGAGAGACAUUGGGGACUACAUCAGGACAGGUUUCAUUAAUCUUGACAAGCCCUCUAACCCCUCUUCCCAUGAGGUGGUGGCCUGGAUCCGACGAAUACUUCGGGUAGAGAAGACAGGACAUAGUGGCACCCUGGAUCCCAAGGUGACUGGGUGUUUAAUUGUGUGCAUAGAACGAGCCACUCGCUUGGUGAAAUCACAACAGAGUGCAGGCAAAGAGUAUGUGGGAAUUGUCCGGCUGCACAAUGCUAUUGAAGGGGGGACCCAGCUUUCUAGGGCCCUGGAAACACUGACAGGAGCCCUAUUUCAGCGACCCCCGCUCAUUGCUGCCGUAAAGAGGCAGCUCCGAGUGAGGACUAUCUAUGAGAGCAAAAUGAUUGAAUAUGAUCCCGAAAGAAGGCUAGGAAUCUUUUGGGUGAGUUGUGAGGCCGGCACCUAUAUUCGGACUCUGUGUGUGCACCUUGGUUUGUUGCUGGGAGUUGGUGGUCAAAUGCAGGAACUUCGGAGGGUUCGUUCUGGAGUCAUGAGUGAAAAGGACCACAUGGUAACAAUGCAUGAUGUACUUGAUGCUCAGUGGCUGUAUGAUAACCAUAAAGAUGAGAGUUACCUCCGGCGUGUCAUUUAUCCUUUGGAAAAGCUGUUGACAUCUCAUAAACGACUGGUUAUGAAAGAUAGUGCGGUGAAUGCAAUCUGCUAUGGGGCCAAGAUCAUGCUUCCAGGUGUUCUCCGAUAUGAGGACGGCAUUGAGGUCAACCAGGAGAUUGUGGUCAUUACCACCAAAGGGGAAGCAAUCUGCAUGGCUAUUGCAUUAAUGACCACAGCUGUGAUUUCUACCUGUGACCAUGGUAUAGUAGCCAAGAUUAAGAGAGUUAUCAUGGAGAGAGACACUUACCCUCGCAAGUGGGGUUUAGGUCCAAAGGCAAGUCAAAAGAAGCUGAUGAUCAAGCAGGGCCUUCUGGAUAAGCAUGGCAAACCUACAGACAGCACCCCUGCCUCCUGGAAGCAAGAGUAUGUUGACUACAGUGAUUCUGUCAAAAAAGAAGUGGUUACUCAAGCAGAAAAAGGCCCACAGUUAGUUGCUGAAGUGGUAAAAGUUCCGCAAGUAGUUGCUGAAGCAGUAAAAGUCACAAAGCGAAAGCGAGAGAGUGAGAGUGAAAGUGAUGAGACCCCUCCAGCAGCUCUUCCGUUGAUCAAGAAGGAAAAGAAAAAGAAGAAUAAGGACAAGAAAGCCAAAGCUAUGCUAGAGAGUGGGGGCGAACCUGGAGAUGGGGACAGUGAUACCACCAAGAAGAAGAAAAAGAAGAAGAAAGCAAAGGUGGUAGAAGUGGCAUCUGACUAGUAAAGGCUGCUGUAAGCAUUGCGUCCAGCUGGGAAGAAAAAGCCUUGUUGUAAAAACAGUUUUAGUUAAGGGAAUGGAACAAAGGUCCAGAACAGGGCAGAGUUGUACACUUUGCUGCUACUUGAGACCUCAGUGGUGUUACCUGGUGUGGCUCAUGCCAUCGUGUCCUGUUUUAAGGAUAUGGGUGAU